AUGGCUAUAACCAAGUGGGAGCGUACCCCUCGGGUCUCUGUUGACGAACUGCCGAAAGCCACCCUCCCAGAGCAACAUAUACCAAAAGGGGCCGACGCUGACGCUGCAGUCCGGUCGUGCGUUGCAAAGCUGCAGGAUCUCACAGCCGAGGACCUCCGCGCCAACAGCCACUGGCGUGACCUAUUUGCUCUCACCAACAAUUUCAGGACUUUCAGUCGGUCUGAACAUAUCGUACCUGCCUGGAAAGAAGUCAGCACCGCUCACCAGCCCUCGGAUUUCAAGUACGUAGAGGGCAGCGCUCGCCUGGCUCCUCCCGGGCCCGCAGCACUCUUCAUUGCCGGACGUUUCACGUUCAAGAUCGGUGGCGCCCUGACUGGAGUUGGAUCCGGUGCGAUUGGUGUUGUCGCCGACGGGGACGGCUGGAAGAUCUGGUUCUUCAACACCGUCCUCGAGGAGGUAGAUGCGUUCGGCAACCCGGAUCGGGUCCCCAAGGCCGCGCCGAGCGACGGUGUCGCCAACGGGACGAGCGACACACCAGUCGAUGUCGUUGUCAUCGGGGCCGGCCAGAGCGGCCUGGGCGUGCUGGGCCGCCUGAAAGCACUUGGUGUCAAGGCAGUGGCUCUUGAGAGGAACGACACCAUCGGCGGGAACUGGACCGGGCGGUACGACAACCUGAAACUGCACACUGGCAAGUACUACGCCACCCUGCCUGGUGACAAGACAUUCCACGACGAUGACUUGCCUUACCUGCUUGGGAGCAAGGACCUGGCCCAGGGGUUCCAGAGGUAUGCGAGCGACUUCGGCUUGGACGUCCGAACCUCUACGACUGUGGAGUCGGCCCAGUGGGACGACGCCUCGAAGGUCUGGACUGUGCACGCAAAGCAGCAUGGCAGGGGCUGGUCGAUCCAGGGCCGUCACCUCGUAUUUGCGAUAGGCGCGGUUGGUCAGUUCCCUAAGGUGCCAGAGAUUCCAAAUCGGGAUGCUUUCAAGGGGACAGCCAUACACUCAGUGCAAUACAAGUAUCCUGCAGCGUGGAAAGGAAAGAAAGGUGUUGUGAUAGGCACCGCUAACACUGCUCACGACGUGGCAGAGGACAUGGUUGAGGCCGAAUUGUCUUCAGUGACGUUGGUCCAGCGCAGCCCUACUGCCAUUCUGCCAUACAACUAUUUCAAUGCACUACACCAGCCACGCUACAACAAAGACUCAGACAUAGAAGUAUCGGAUCGCGCAGAAUGGGGCCUGCCCUUCCCAGUGCUCGGGCUCAUGUCUGCGGCGAUCUUCAACAACCUGUACUCCAGGGACCCUGAGCCAUUCGAAAGCCUCCGAAAAGUGGGAUUUGAGGCCGAGCUUCCUCAACUCCUAAAGAUCCACGAGCGCGCAGGAGGGCAUUACCUCGACGUCGGCUGCUCAAAGAAGAUCAUUGACGGCAAGAUCAAUGCGAAGAAGGGAGACAUCGAGAGCUUUAUCCCGACCGGUCUCAAGUUUACUGAUGGGAGCACGCUCGAUGCGGACCUGAUCAUCUUCGCUACUGGCUUCAACAUUAACAUCCGAGAGGAGAUGGAGAAGAUUGUGGGUCCCGAAGUUGGUAACCUACUCGAAGACAAUAACGGAUGGGACAAAGAGGCCGAGGUCCGCGGUGGUUGGAAGCGCCAUGGGCACCCAGCAAUCUGGCACACGUCCGGAGACUUGGGGAUGUCCAGACUGUUCUCUAGAUUCCUGGCAUUCCAAAUCAAAGCGGAUCUCGAGGGAGCGCCGUUUGAACCAUACAACGAGACCCCAUAA